CCCUUGAAGGCAGCAUGAGAGCCUGCUGCCGUCUGGGCGUCAGGAGGUGGAGAAGAAGGAAGGAGAUGGCCGACAAGUAGGCAACACUACCUUUCGUACCUCUUCCAAUGCGAAAUUCCUUUUAAAUUCUUAAAGGCUCACCUGUAAAGGGAAGAAGACGUUUCAGAUAUUUCACUCCUCCGCCACGAUGGCAGAACAGAACAGUAACGUGAGAUAUCAGGAGCUGGUGAAUGAGGAGGAGCCGGCCCAGCCAUCCCAGGAGGGCCCUGCUCAAGACGCACCACCCCCCUACAGCAGCAUUGCUGCAGCAAAUGCAGCUUUCUUUGAAUACAAGGAAGAUGGAGGAAGAUUCCCCAACCCUCCAUCAUACAGCGUUGCCACCACUUUGCCCUCCUACGAUGAGGCUGAGAGAAGCAAAGAGGAGGCAGCCGUCCCCCUGGUCCCUGGAAGAGUCACGGAGGACGACUUUGUGGCCAGGGAUGACUUUGAAGAUGCCGACCAGCUGCGGAUAGGAAAUGAUGGCAUCUUCAUGCUCACUUUCUUCAUGGCAUUCCUGUUCAACUGGAUCGGGUUUUUCUUGUCUUUCUGUUUGACCACGUCAGCAGCCGGCCGGUACGGAGCCAUCUCCGGCUUCGGCCUGUCACUCAUCAAAUGGGUCCUCAUCGUCCGGUUUUCUACAUACUUCCCUGGUUACUUUGACGGGCAGUACUGGUUGUGGUGGGUGUUCCUGGCCCUGGGCUUCAUGCUGUUCAUCAGAGGCUUUGUUAACUACUCCAGAGUGCGUAAACUGGCUGAUCCUACUUAUGCCACUCUUCCCCGAACACGAGUACUCUUCAUCUAUUAGAGGACCUUUCACGUUGAAGAACUGGACAACACAUGCAGCAACUCUGCAAAAAGUUUAAAAUGAAGACAUCUAACAAGAAAUUGGACAGUCGUGUGAUAGAUAAAGACAACUGUUGAUAAUAUAUUCAGGAAUUAUAUCACCUGUUUUUAUUUUGUUUUGGAACUUUAUUAAUGGAAAAUGGUUAACAGUAAUAGUCCCUUAAUGUACUCAUUAGUGGCGAAUGUUAAGUGCUAUUUACAUCUCUGUCUGUAACGUAUAAGUAAUGCCUUAUAUCAUUUGGUGGUAGCUUACAAGCAUGCAUCUGCCCUUGAAGUAGGGACAGUCUCAUGUUGGUGACACAUGAAGCCAGCAGGUUUUAAUGAAUACACACUUUGGUAGAUUUGCUGUAGCAUGCAACAAUCUUAGUAAUCUGCACUAAUUUCACUUCAUGGUUUUAUUGUGACUAUUAGAGGCUGUUUUUUCAACAUUACACGCACUCAACUGCAAGCUUUCAUCAGGCUGUAAAUGCUGGUCACGGAUAUUCACUUAAUUCUCUCACCUGUUGGCUUUAAGUAGUGUUGUCCUUCUUUUCAGCCAGGAGGGGGCAGUGUUGGCUGCCGUUGAGAUGUUUGUUCAUUCAAGGCAUCAUUAUAACAAAACCUACAUGCUUGUGAUUUAAACUGUGUCAGUGGAGUGCCCCAAAAUGACAUAAGUGUGUCAGAUGUUAUGAUUUCUGCCUGUUAGAUGUUUUGAUGUACAUUAAAUCAGGUAAUUAUCCACCCUGGAGUAGAGUUUUGGUUUAUAAAUAUGAUCUUUGAUGAUCCAGUUUGAGUUUGUGAAAAAGCCAGAGAGCAGAUGGAUAUAAAUGUCAGGAGACAAACCCCCAGAGUAGGUCAGCUGACAGAUGAGGGACGCCCAAGCUUGGGACACUUACAGCAACCAAGAUGAUUUUUAUUUUUUCUGCGCAUAUGAGAACAUUUUCUGGUUCGUAUCCUCAAAAAGCUCAUGUAGAUGUAAGAGCCUGACCUUUCUAUGACUCUGCAGUGAGUCAGUGGAGUCUCAUCCUCUGUCAGUGGAAAAGCUCUGUGAUUAGAGGAGACGCUGCGUAAUGAUCUGCCUCUGACGUUUGGAUCAAAUUAUCUAAGAGCAUAAAAAUAACUCAGAUUCCAUUUUCAGGUGGGAUUUUUGCCUUUAGAUUUAAUUGACAGCCGGGGAAGGGAACAGUUUUUUUUCUUCUUUUAAGACCAUGAUUCAUAAGGUGUAAGAUGUUAGCUGUUAUGUGGGUAUAAAAUCUAUAUCAAAGAAUGUUUUGUACGCAGGUGCACUUUUAGAAACAUAGCCCAGAGGAUGUUCCCAUCAUGACUCAAAGACCCGGACAUAUAAAACCAGGAAUGAAAGGACGCGGCGAUGCAGGAUGUAGUUAUUGUGUUGUAUUGAGGAGUAAACAGCAGUUGUUGUUAUGUAACUUCUGUUGUCAAUGGAAGGAUUAAAAGUGGGUUUAACUCUGGUCCUGCAAACCGAACUGUUCGCCUUAUCAGUUAACUCCAUACAAUCGCCAUGGCUUUGAUACAGACUCAUUCUGCUUCUUUCUAUGUGAUGUAGAGCUGAACCCUGGGGUUUUGUUGAAAUGAAACUGUACAGAAAACGUUUAGUGUUAAAUAAAUGUCACUUUUAAUGCCUCA